AUGGCUAUCGAAAUGGGAUGGCAACAACAGUCGACGACGGACAUAAUAUACGAGAAUAGUUCAGAUUGGGCUGCGCAUUUGAAGUCCUGCUUCACGUCAGCUCUCAUAUGCACCCGGUUUGUUCAAGUGCUCAAGGAGGUGAAGCGCUGCACCAAACGUCGAGACGUCGAGCCCUGA